AUGGCUGUGUGUUUCUCCCCAGGUUUUUCUGGAGAUGACAGCAACAACUCAGUCCAAGUCAAAGAAAGGGUAAUAUCACAAGAUGAAGUCCUAUGGAUUGUUUACCUGAUUCAGUUUAUAACUGGUGUCCUGGGGAACAGUUUCCUUUUUUGUAUAUAUACUUUUAAUUAUACAACUGGCUACAGGAAAAGAUCCAUAGAUCCAAUACUCAUCUAUUUGGCCUUUACCAAUACCAUGUUGCUUCUGUUCAGGGGAAUCCCUGAAAUGAUAAGGGUUUGGAAAUGGCAAUAUUUUCUGAAUGACAUUGGGUGCAAACUCAUAACUUACCUACAAACAGCAUGUAGGGGCCUUUCUCUCUCUAGCACUAGCCUCCUGAGUGUCUUUCAGGCCAUUACUAUCAGUCCCAGCAGCCUCUUUUGGGCUGAGAUCAAAGCUAGAGCUCCAAAGUGGGUCUUGCCAUGCUGUCUUACCUGUUGGAUCUUCAAUCUGAUGAUAGAUGUGUUUGUACCUGUCUAUGUGACGAGUUCACAUAAUAGAACAAUCAAAGGAAGCAUAAACAUGGGGUUUUGCUCUCUAGACAUAAAUGCCAUUCGUCCUUUAAAAACUGUAAUCUGGAAGUCUCUGUAUGAUUUUAUAUUUGUGGGUAUCAUGCUUUGUAGUAGCAUCUACAUGGUCAUUCUCCUAUAUAGCCACCACCAGCAAGUCAAGCACAUUCACCAUACCAGUCUUGGCUCCAGGCCCUCCCCUGAGAUUCAAGCCACCAAAUCCAUUCUGCUGUUAGUGAGCACUUUUGUCUGCUUUAGCACAGUCAGUGGACCUUUUAUUAUUACUAUGGAAAGUUCUGAAGGAAGCAUUUCCUGGCCUUAUUAUAUCUCUGCCUUUAUGUCAGUGUCUUUUCAAACAAUCAGCCCCUUUGUGUUGCUAAGCAGUGACACUCAGAUGCUCAGGUCCUCUUGUGUUUUCUAA